AUGAGCCCAUGUUCGUCUUGCGUCUCCAUCACCUAUUCCAGCAUCGUUUCUGGAGCCAUAUUUUAUUUCGAUGCAGACGCUCAAAACAGAGAUAAAUGCAGACUUUGUGACCUGGUUCGAGGAUCAUAUCUGGAGUACCUCACGACCAAUCUCUAUUGGAUCUACCAUCCGCCAAAGGCGACGCUGCAAAAGACAACAUCACGGCAUCUAAUAAAGCUCACAGUCGACGAUAUUGACUCAAUAUCAUCGGAUGAACAUCAUUGCAAUUUGAAGAUUGCUCAAACCACACUCCUAGACACUUGGUACGAUGAUGAAGUCAAAAGGGCGUUCUAUUUCCACAGCAGCCAUUCUGAGGGUAUAUGCAGAUUGAAUCAUGUACCUAGCCAUAAAGAAAAUGGAGUUCUUUCAGCCUGGGCGGGCCUUGGACUUGCUAGGAGCUGGAUUGAAGACUGCGACAUGCAUCAUGCAAACUGUCAGCCCAUUGUCCCUGCAGUACCUUCGGAGGCACUUCAUCCUUCCACAAGAUUCAUCGACACAGUUUCUGAAUGCCUGGUCUCUCUUGGCGAAAUAGACUCGGCGCCCUUCAAAUUUGUGGCCCUCAGCUAUGUUUGGGGCGUUGACUACCAGUUACGGACAACUUCCGCCACGCUCGAAGACUUUCGGAGGAAACUUCCAGGACUGACAGCCAUCGAUGACAAUCCGAGGUUGCCAUUGACGAUCAGAGACGCCAUGGACGUGACACUCACCCUGGGGCACCGCUAUCUGUGGGUCGAUGCGCUUUGCAUAGUUCAAGACUCACCGUCGGACCUUGAGAUCCAAUUGGCACAGAUGGAUCGUAUAUACGGCUUGGCGACCCUCACUAUUGUUGCACGAGGAGGCAAAUCCUCAGAUAGCGGGUUGCCAGGCAUGUCUAAUCCACGAAAUUGGUUGAGCGGUGAGAACAUCAAUUGUGUGGUGAACGGUACUCUUAAUAUCGGCUGUUGGGAUGUUCUAGACAGGAAUUACGAGAAAUACGAAGAACAGCACGGAGUUUUCGCAGACACGACAUGUUACAUGUGGCGUGGCUGGACUUUCCAGGAGCAGAUACUAUCUACACGCACUCUCGAGUUCAGCCGCCGCCGCAUGGUAUUCUGGUGCGGACACCCAGAGCCAGCCGUAGAAUGCGGCGUAGCUCCGAGGACGGAUAUGAGAGACGCUCAUCACUUCCGUAGUGCCGUUAGGAAGUAUACAGAGACUAAUGGCAUAGUUCCUCCAGGCCAGCCGGCGUGGGAGUACAUGACUAAAGACAUGCUCAUUAGCCGAUGGAGGACUAUUCGUGAGCAUUACUCGACGAGGCACUUUACUUAUCCCAAUGACCGCCGGAAGGCAGUGCUCGGUACAGCCUCGAUGCUGAGGCAUGUGAUCGGCGACAUUGACAGCAGUGGCCACGUCCUCAGCCAGCUUGGUACUGAGUUGCUCUGGCACAAAACACUGCAUCCUGGCUGGAACGAGAGCCAACAGCCAAUGCUCAAGUUCUCUUAUAGCGCAGUCCCAUCUGGCACGUUUCCAUCAUGGUCAUGGCUUAGUCUAUGGCCGCUGAAUUGGCCCAGCGACUAUAAACCGUUUCCCGCGGUAGAAUUGCAAUUACACGGCGCCGGCGCUAGUUCUGUACUUGAGCUACGAGGGCGAACACUUGAAAUGAGUGUGAUUCCAGAAGGGGGAGAUGGCGAAAAGAAUAAAGUCAACUUAUACUAUAAAGACGGAACUAAUGCGAAGCUCGAAGUAUACCUCGAUCGAUCCUUGGAGGCACAGACGGUAGUUAUGUGUGUACCUAUUGCUUCAGUUAUCCACAGCGGGAAAUCGAUGCCAGCAUGGUGUUAUGGGAUGUUGUUGCUUCAUAAUGUUGACGGGUCGGGCUAUAGAAGAGUCGGGGCUGCGUUUCUGGUGGAAGUUCGAGCUGGCGAGUUCUUACGGCGGAUUGAGUCAGACGAGGCUCGCCACCUUGUGAUGAGAUGUGUAUGA